GCUGAAUCGAACGUACGGUGUCUCUCAAACUGGGGGCUAUAAGCAAAUAAGCAAAUAAGUUUCAACGCUAGAAAACCGACGAGCCCCCGAAAUUUAGUGUGAUCAAUGAGAAUCGAUAGAUGCCUACGGGUUACUCCGGACGAACAGCAAUUGAUUAUUAGUUAUCUAAUCGUUUCUAGUAUCCGGAUGAGAUUGAAAGUCAACAGAUCAUUGUAGUAACUGAAGUGAUUACAAGUAGUAGAAAGUGUUUUUUUUUUAUUUUAUUCGUAUGACUAUAGUGUUUCUGAGUGCGCUUUUCGCUAGGUUGUAAUUAUUAGGGAGUACGAAGCGUUGAUGACUAAAUUGUGAUAUUUGAAAGUCUAAUGCGCUGUUGUUGUGUGAACUUCCCCAUGCUGAAAACACUGCGAUAGAACAUUGGAAGUGAGAAAUUCAGUGAACAAGGGCAAUAAAAAACACAGUGUAAAUGUUUAGCGAGUAAAUCGGAGCGAAAACAAUAUUUGCAUAAUCUGUAAAAGGUAAAGAAAACAAAAUUAUAAAUUAUUGUCUGGUUAAAUGGGUGUUUAAUGGAAGAUACUAGUAGCUGCUUCCGUGGAUUGUGGACAACCUGAAAAGGAAACUAGUAGCGAGAGAAGCGCGAUAAUAGCCUAGGCCCCUCGGUAACCUGUUGGCUGGCUGGCCUUUCUGCGCUGUGUAUUUCUGUGUAAAUAUGUGCUGUUGGCAAGUUGAGAAGCAAAUAACUUGUUAAAAUAAUAAAACAGUACGCCUGUUUCGAUUGCAUUCCAAUCACCUCUGUAACCCCCACAAGCGGUCCAGAGAAUUUAAUCGUAAAAUAUCUGAAAUAUCAAAAAGACACAAAACAACCUUUUGUUUGACAUUGCUAAGCCGCUACUAUCGGAUGGUUCAAAUGUUGAUGAAGCUUGAGCCUUGAAGGAGAAAAUUUACAUAAGCCUACGUCAAUCGGUCUGCCACCACCCGGUACGCCUUGAGCACCACUCGAGAAGUCAACCAACCAAAAGCGAGCAGCUUGUCGACUCGAAAAAAUAAAGUUAUUCUCCGCGGCACGGUGCUACUGCUACUCCUCUGGGACUCUGCUUUCGUGCAGCACACGGUGAGGAAGGUAUGACUUCUUCCAUAUUUCUCACAAUGGCAGGCUGGACCAGUGACAAGUUUAGGUUGAACUGCCUGGAUAACCAAGGUUUGAAGCGUACACUGCUGAAAAUGCUCAUACUGGAUAACGGCAGUAAAAGCGAGAACAUCGACGGUGCGGACAGAGCGGCUGCCGAGUAUCUAUCCGUGGACCAGAAAGUGGCGAACAGCAACAGCAAAUCGUUGCUUAGUUUUUUCGCAAUCAACGCCCUCGAACUAAGCGCUCCCGCCAGUCCCGUUUUGCUUCAACAGAAUGCUCCGGCAAUUCCAUCCGGUUGGCUGCAGCUGUCCGGACAUCCCAAGAGCAUCGCCUCCAUGGCCAAUGGCAUCGUUCGCAAGCGCGUAUCCGGUGCCGACGACGCGGAGGUGCUAGCCUACCGGUACCUGUCGGCCGACUCGUACGGUGCCAAAGUGGCACCGAAGUUUCUCGGCGUACGACACCUGCAGGGAGAGCAUUUUAUCGAGCUGCAAGAUCUGCUGCACGGCUUCCAGGAUCCGAACGUGAUGGACAUCAAGAUGGGCUUCCGGACGUUCUCCGAGAAUGAAGUGUCCAACACCAAACUUCGGGAGGACCUGUACAAAAAGAUGAUUGCCGUCGAUCCGAAUGCACCUACGGCGGAAGAACACCAGCGAAAGGCGAUUACAAAACUACGCUACAUGCUGUUUCGAGAAAAUAUGUCCUCCUCCCAGGAAAAAGGAUUUCGGAUAGAGGCUCUGAAAAUGCGCGGUUGUUCGCCUAUUACUGACCUCAAAACAGUUAAAUCCAGUCACGCAAUUAAAGAUACCAUUACGCAUUUCAUUGACGGUCGAAAAGUGGUUCUCAAAGAUCUGUUGAAGAGACUGAAGCAAAUGCGUACACUUAUCGAAAAGUCAGAAUUCUUCCGACAGCAUCAGGUCGUCGGUAGCAGCAUCUUCAUAGUGUACGACAACCACAAAGUGGGCGCAUGGUUGAUUGAUUUCGCCAAAGCACUGCCACUGCCCGAGGGCGUAAGAGUUGAUCACAGAAGCCGCUGGGGUUUGGGCAAUUGCGAAGAAGGUCUGCUGUAUGGCUUCGAUGAGUUGAUCCAAACUCUUGAAGAAAUUUACAAAGCCUGCCCUCCAGCGGUUUCUGAAAGCCGAAGGUUCUAUCGACGAUAGACUCAGUUGAUUAUGAUAAUACAGAAACCGAAGAGCUAGUCAAUCUCUCACAAAGCAGGACGCAAAAUAAAGCGAAUUAAUCAUUUAGGUUGGAGAUACAAGAUUAUCAAGACUGAAUAGUUGGUCGAUAUCCAAAGGCCCAAUAUCAUUUAUUAGAAGCUAAAGCCAAUUGAUUUUUUUUUUGUUUAUAGCAUGUAGAUAGUUUAAGAUUUAAAAAGUCAAAAAAUGCUUAUUCCUGCUAUACUUAAAGACAAAUUACUUAAAAAAGACCCAUAUGAAAUCACAUUUAACUUGAACGCUGAUCAAUUUUCCAUAUUGGAAAAUAUCUGAGAAAUGUAUGUUCGAACUCCUCAAAAAAAAAACAAAAUCGUUAAAAAAUAUUUUCAUAAACCUUAAAACUUUGUCAUAUAUUUUAAUAUUAGGGUACAAUCAUUACGUUCAAAUAAAUAUUAUCUUUGUUACAGAAAUAGU